AUGGAAAUAAUAUUUAUUUGUGAAUUAUUUUUGUUCGGUUAACGCGCGGUGUCAGCCUUGGAUCGAUUGCAGUCCUCAACGUUGUUAACGACGUCGACGGUCAACUUUAUCUUUCUUUCUUUUUCUUCUUCUUCUUUCUUUUAAUUGUUCACUUAAUAAUGGCUCUGACUGCACCAGCGCAGUCCGCUCUCCCAAUGUGGGACGAUACAAUCGUACCAACUCUGCGUAAAAGACUAGAAAGCGAAAGUCGUAUCCUUGCUAAACGCCUGUCAGUGGCAUCUUUUUCUUCUGCGGACGACACACCAAGGUCGAACGCUCCUUCAAUUUCUGGCCACACUCUGCGAGAUCUGGCUCCAAAUUCACUUUAUUCUCCAGAACAUAAGAAAUUUAGUGCUAUACCCAGGCCAAGCUUGCAACAGUCAAGAGGUCCUUCAGAAGCUUCCCGUCCCAGCGCCGCUUCCUCGCACAAUCCUCCAUAUACACGCGCUCGCACAGUCUCUCAACCAUACUUGUACGAUUCUUCUUCUCAACCUAACGGCUACCCGAACGGACACGCUCUCCCAACCCCAGAUUCUUCCUGCCCUACUUCCCCCCGCACCUCUGACGUGAAGCCCACCCGAAUACCGAUGGUCGCGCGGGGGAGAACCACAAGUACCUCUAGUCACGCCCAGAGUGUCGCGACCCGUACCGAAAGUCGCAAUGGCGUCCUUUCCCAUCAGACGCCCACUCCCGAUACGUCUCCUGAUCUCUGGAUUGUUGACGAGACUGACCCCUCUUUGUCAAAUGCUACUAUUCGACAUCAGAGAUCAAAUAUCAUGAACGAACCUGCUCCAUUUAGCGCAAGUUCUAUCAGCUCCUCUGUUCUCUCCAAGCAGUCUCACCAUGACACUGGCUUCGCCCCUCCGCGGCCUUCCAAUGAAUCAGAAGAGCGUCCAUUUGAACAUUGGUACAGAGGAGACGUACAUAGAAACGGUGGCGUCGGGGAGUUGCGGGUCGGUAAACGCAUGGAGAUGUUGCGCAUCGCCAACUUCGGACACGACAUGAAGUCAAACACGCAUCGUUUUGCACCGAGGGACUUCUCUGCCGCUUUGGAGUACAGCCGUAGACGGAAGAGAGCUGAUAGCGCUUCUGGCCCAGGGGAAAGAGAGAGUUUGUAUUUGGAUGAACAGGGAGCAAAGGAAGCGGAUAUGGUAUUGGAUGAGAGCCCACCGACGGACAUUGAUGGUGAUCCUGACACUGAUACGGAUGAUAUCUAUAACGCGUACGCCGGUACAGAGGACGUCACCAUUCAUCCAUUCAGCGCGUCUACGCCUGGUCUAGUCAGAUUAUCUGCAGAGAAUACCCGCAGCGAAGCACACCCCAAUAUUAACACCGAGAUACCACCAACUCGGAUACCCGUCGCACGUACAGCCUCGGAACCCCUCAGAGCCAACACAUCUAUUGAAACAACACGCAGUUCCGAAACUCUGAUCCCAUCUCCUCCUGAUUCUAUCGCAAGUUCUCGCCGGCGGUCAUUUUCACGAUCACAGAGUCAGUCGCCUGAUCAUCCACCGAGUAACAAACGCCGCACGAAGAGACCAGUGUCGCCGUCCCAGUCUUCAACACCGAAGAAACCCAAGUCGAAGGCAAAAACGCCGUCUUCCGCUGUGCGACGGAAGGACGACAGUCGCGCUUCGAUCGCCUCAUAUCCGACUCCCGAAGGAGAUGGUAUGGUUGACGCCAUACCUACAUGGACCCAGCCAGUUCAAAAGUCGGGCACCUGGGACGAGGUGGUUCUACCGGUUGUGGCGCGGAAAAAAGGUCUGGAUGGUCAAUACGAGCAAGCAGAUGGCAGCCCUCGUCCCAAACCUCCGGAUCCUGUUGCUCCGGCUCCUGGCACUUUUGGUUACGAUUACUCCAAGUAUCGUGCGCCUCGGGGAGAGGAGAUACCCAUGGAUGAAUUCGGAAAUCUACCAAGUCCAAUUCAGGAGGAACCAGCACCGAUACCUGAAAGUCCACUUCCAACACUACCACCCCUCACUGAAGAACCAGAGCGACCCAUCCGUCCCGCCCGACGGAAAGCGGCCGCACGUCCUCCUGAUUCUCCCGCACCGUUCUCGCAAUACCGGCGCACAGACAUUCCGACCAUCAAUGUUACGCGACCAUCCACCGACCUCGAGUCACCACAGCAAGUACCUCACAACGAUGAAGACGCAGGCGCUGGGUGCUGCAAGUGUGUUGUUAUGUGAUUGCGACGAUUUCAAAGCAUUUGCUCGUUCUCUUCAUUGUCCCAUGUUUUCACUUUCCUCUUUCUCAUCCACACUUGCACAUAUGUCAUCUUCAUUCCUCUCUUAGCCACGCCGUUCUGAUUUCAUUGCAUACUGGGUGUUCCUCCGUUUCCCGCAUACCUUACCACUCAAGACAACUGGAGUGUCAUGACUCUCGUUCACUUUCCGCUUCUUAUCCUCCACCCAUACUAUCGCCCUGUCGCAGAACACAUCUGUCCCUCUUCUUAUGCCGCUCGUUUACCUUGUGUACUAUGGAUCCAUGGCCGGUAUUCACUCUCAAACUAUUCUAGUGCUCUAGUACUCCGGGUAGUCAGACUCGUUUAUUACAUAUACAUCAUCUUUGGUAUUCUUGUUGUGC